AGAUGGAGGGGUCGCCCUCUCGGCCCCCCCCGGCCCUCAGGGCAGAGGGGUGGUGCUGGGGCGGGGGCGAGCGCUCGUCCCUCCCUCCUGUUUUUGCUUGUGGGAGGGGGAAGUCGCUUUUCCCUUUUGGCCUCAGUGUGCUGUUACGGUUUUGAAUGCAUUCUGAAUCCAAGAAGUAUGAGGAAGAGACACCUUCUCUACACUGGGGGAUGGAUCCUGUAUUUUCUGCAUUUGCAAGACUCUAUAUUAAAGAUAUAAAAGAAAUGAGAGAAUCUAAACAGGUGCCAGGUAUAUUCUUUUAUAAUGGACAUCCAGUAAGACAAGUGGAUGUUGUCGGGACAGUGGUUCAAACGAAGGAGAGAGAUGCCUUUUAUAAUUAUGGAGUGGAUGAUAGUACUGGAGUUAUAAAUUGUAUCUGCUGGAAAAAUCCCAUGGUAGGAGAAACACCUUUAUCAGGUCGUCCAAGCACACCCAGCAGUCUUAUUGUGUUUGAACAGAUGAAGAAGCUCCAAGAAACAGUGAGCCAGAAAACCAAGCUGGAGAUCGGGGAUGUUGUCAGGGUCAGAGGUCACAUCCGAACCUAUAGGCAACAAAGAGAAAUUCAGGCUUCAAGUUUCUAUAAAGUGGAUGAUCCUUUGUAUGAUGUUCAGAUUUCAAGAAUACUGGAGCUCCCCUGUCUCUAUAGAGAAGUUUAUGAUAAACCUUUCCAAGGCCCUGAGGAAGGACAGAGUGGCCUGGAGGGUCAGAAUUUCUCAAUCCAUAUGCUGCAUGAGAAAGUGCAAGGCUUUCUAUUAGAAAACAAAAUUCAGACCUUUUACCAGCAGGAGCUGGAAACAAUUGAUACUCUGGUGUCACUGGUGGAUGUGCAUCUACCCAGUCCCAGCUGUCAGGAGGUGAAGUCAAAAGGUAACUCCAGUUCCAAAAGGAUUCACAAUGUUUUUAAGGAAGCAAUAAAGAUGCUACAAGAAAAAGGAGUGGUUUUCCAGAAACCUGGUAGCUCCAAGGACUUAUACCACGUGACUGACCAUGAUAAGGAACUGCUUAAAGUGACCCUUGAUGUGAUUAAAGAAGACUGUCGAAAACCCAGGCAUGCUGAAAAAGGCUGCCAUUUCCUUCAUGUCCUAAAUUGUGUUCGCCAAAGCUACAACCCCUCCCUGGCUGAAGUGGUGAUGCACCGUGUCUUGGAACUGCUGGAGAGUAACAGUGAUGUUGUCAGCACUAUGGAAGGAUAUUAUAUGGCAUUUUAAAGAGAAAAGACAGGAUACAUUCAUUCUGGUCCAUUCAGGAGGAAAGAAGAAGGAGACGUUGAGUGACUCCAAAAAGCUUUCAUUAGCUGAUAUGAUCUAGAUAGGGGAUAAAAAAGAGCCUUCUGAUUCUCCAAAUGCUGGUUUUGUCCAGCUUCAGAGAAGUUGUUUAAAUACUUGUUUUAAUAUUCUUGUUGACUUCCUUGCUAUUCCUAGUGAGAGCUGUAUCAGACUGAUUCUGGACAUUCUAAUACAGCAGGGGAACUGGAAAAGAAACUGGGCUCUUUCCUUGGAGUAAGAUGAGACAUUGGCCAUCCUCAUAUUUACAUCCGGUGGGCUGUAAAGAAAAGUCACUACUAAAGAGCACUGUUGCCUUUUGUCUUUUAUUCUUUGUCACCUUUGGGGUAAAAUGCCACCCAUAGCUGUGCUUGCCGAGGAACACAAGACAUAGACGUAAACA